AUGGCCACAUUCCAGCAACCACCCACAGAAGUAUUAAUCUGCAGCUUGGUGCCCGCUGCUGAACUGGAGGACGUCGGCAUACAAACCAAAUGCGCGUUCGCAACUCAAACACCGGGCGACCUGCCCGUCGCGCAGCGCAUGCGCGCGGCCUACUGGCUCAAACACGCCUACGACAACGGUGACGACGAGGCGGAGAAACGGUCGGCACGACGAGCGUUGGAACGAGCCGCCGCGCACGCGCCGCACGGAUCGUUGCUCAGGCACGAGUGCGCGUACGUCUUGGGCCAGCUCAGGGACGCGCAGGCCGCCCCUGCGCUCCAGACGAUCCUCUGCGACACGGCCGAGGACGCGAUGCUGCGGCACGAGUGCGCCGAGGCGCUGGGCGCGAUCGGCGAGGGCGACGCGGUGCUCGAGCGCUUGUCCAGGGACGCGAGCGAACCGUUCGAGGUGCGCCAGACCUGCGAGAUCGCGCGCGACUUCUUGAAAUGGAGACGAGCGGGUUCUGAAGGCGCGGCGCCCAUCGCUUGUGCUUGUAUGUUAUCACCAUUUAACUCACACGAUCCCGCGCCGCCGGACCCAGCUCAUGUCAAUUGGAGUUGUGAUCAAUUAGAAGAUAAACUGCGGGAUGCGUCCGCGGACAUGUUCGAGCGGUAUCGGUGCAUGUUCUCGCUGCGGAAUAGAGGUGGGGAGGACUGCGUGCGGGCGUUAGGAAGGACCCUAUCUUGCGAUCAGUCGUCUCCCUUGUUACGCCACGAGGUCGCGUUCGUCCUCGGGCAGCUUCAGCACCCGGCAUCUCUCGAAUACCUGGAGGCUUCGUUACGACGAAAAGGCGAGCACGCCAUUGUGAGACACGAGGCCGCCGAAGCGGCAGGCGCGUUGGAGGGCUGCUGGGAGGCGUGCGAGAAACUACUAGGAGAGUUUCGGAACGACGCCGACGUCGUCGUGGCGCAGUCCUGCGAGGUGGCGUUGGACGCGGCGGACUAUUUUGGGCGGGCGUCGUUCGCGCAGGAGAAGGCCGGGCACUUCAACCUCGCCGGCGCGCUCGGCGACCUCGCCGUCGCCACGUCUGGGGACUAA